GCUCAGCAGAAGGUGUUGAAGAUGAGCUGGCAGGAGUAUGUCGACGAUCACUUGAUGUGCGAGCUGCCAAACGGAGGAACACUGAAGAGUGCAGCGAUCGUUGGCCUUGAUGGAGGUGUCUGGGCGCAGAGUGCAGACUUCCCAGCUCUUGGAGAUGACGAGGUCGCCAAAAUCGUGAAGGGCUUCACGGACCCCUCGGUGUUGGCAACAGGGGGCCUGUACCUGGGGGGCGUGAAGUAUCUGUCCAUCUCCCCAGACCCUGCAGUCAUCCGUGGCAAGAAGGGCCAGGACGGGGUGACCGUCAAAAAGACAGUCAGCGCUCUGGUGAUCGGCAUCUAUGGCGAGGGCGUGCAGCCUGCAGAUGGGAACAUCGUCGUGGAGAAUCUGGCUGACUACUUGACAAAUACAGGGAUCUGAGGGACAGAAAAAGGAUUCAUGCAGCACACCCGCAUGAGGCUGCGGGUGAUGCACUGAGCGUGCACAGAGCUAGAUCAUCAUGGGCAAUGCUGAGAGGGUAGCGGUAGAUUUGUAUAUUUAUGUGCAAUGCACUGGCUAGCAGUGCAUAAAAGAGACUGCUGGCUGGUACUGAGUGCGGCAGCUACUGGCUUUCUAAUAACAGUGAGGCUCAAGAAGCAGUACAAUGUUUCUGCAGAGACUGGUGGCAGCAUGGGCCGGAAUCUGCAGGGCAAUUAAGCAAUUGUCUGGAAUGAUAAAGAGGACACAACUAGGAAAAUGUUUUGGAUUGCAUCCAGCUCUUCAGAUUUGGGCUUCAAAGAUAAGAAUAGCGAUUUCUCGAGUCUUGUAAAUACAAUCAACAC